GUUGCUUUCAGAGUGCUUCAAAUGGCGGAGAAGAACCAAUCCCACAAAGAGAAUCACAGACCAGAAACACACAGAAGACAGUUCAAUUAGAGUGAGAAAGAAAGAGAGACAUACCCAGAACCACAUUGACCGCCAUUAAAAGCGCUUCCCCCUUUUUUUAAGUCUUAGCAUCACUUACAAGUUACAAAUAAUCAUAUACUCCCAAACACGCCAUAGUCCCUCAUGCUUCCCUUUUAGCACUACAAGGCUUCAAAAAAAUCUCAAAACCCAAACAACAACGCUAGGUUCUCGAGUUUCCCACCAUUAUCAACAAUAGACCCGGUUCGGGUUUUUCAGUUCCUUACGGUUCAUUUCGGUUUGUUUCUCUUUCUCAGUUCAUGGAGCACGCCGCACUAGACUCCAUCCAAUUCAACGAGCAAAUCCAGGGGCUAAUGGCUCCGGCGCCGGAAUCCACCAACUCCUUCACGGCGCUCCUCGAGCUACCUCCGCCGCAGGCCGUCAAGCUACUCCACUCGCCGGAUAAGGCUCCCACCGGUUCCGAAAAACCGCCCUGCCACGCCAGCAUCCUGAAACCCUACCCCUCCAUCAUGAGCAUCAUCGACGGAACCCGCAAGCUCACGUUCCCUUCCAACACCGCCCUAAUCGAGCGCGCUGCGAGGUUCUCCGUGUUCGCCGGAGAGGGACCGCUGGCUCCACCGGUGGCGGAGGUAAAAAACGAGCCGCGGGAAACCGAUUCCAACCCGAGCUCGACUCAGUGCGAUCCUGCGGUUGAGAACAAGGGCGCGAAGAGGAAGGAGCGAGAGAAGAAGGUUAAGGCGAGGUCGAAGAAGAGCAAGAGUGUCGCUGCCGCUGAAAGUUCCGGCGACGGCGAGAAGCUUCCGUACGUUCACGUUCGCGUUCGUCGAGGUCAAGCCACUGAUAGCCAUAGCUUAGCAGAGAGGGCAAGGAGAGAGAAGAUAAAUGCUCGGAUGAAACUUUUGCAAGAGCUGGUCCCGGGUUGCAACAAGAUAUCAGGCACAGCAUUGGUUCUGGAUGAAAUCAUCAACCAUGUCCAAUCUCUACAGCGACAAGUGGAGUUUUUAUCAAUGAAACUAGCAGCAGUUAACCCAAGAAUUCAUUUCAACCUUGACAGCAUAAUGCCUAAUGAAGGGGCAUCUCUAAUGGACAGUAGCAUUCCUAACAUGGUUUCACCCCUCAUGUGGCCGGAAAUCCCAAACAAUGGAAAUAGAGAACAAUAUCAGCAACCAUGGCAAUUUGAUGCAUUCCAGCAACCAGUUUGGGGAAGGGAAGAAGAAAACACCAAUUUCAUGACUCCAGAAAACUCAAUGUUGAGUUAUGAUUCAUCAGCUAAUUCAGUACCUCUGCAAUCGAAUCAGUUGAAGAUGGAGCUCUGAAGGGAGUACAGAAGUGGUGUGACUAGUAGCAAAUAGCCUAGUAUUGUAUAUAUCAAUAUAGUAUUAGCAGUUAGCAGUGAUUUGAGGAGCCUCAUCAUUUGCAGAGUUUCCUUGUCUUCUAUUUUGUCAGUCAGUUGGAAACUUGGAAUUUCUUCAGCCAGCAAGGAAGAAGAAUUGGUAUGCUAUUUUUAUAUAAAAUAUUGGUGUUACUACUUACUAUGUAUACCUACAGUGGGCAUUCAAUCAAUGAGGUGAUUGAGUCUGAGUGAUUCAAAUUGUAAGAUCAUUUCCUUGAACGCCACUGUAACUUAACUAUCAUUGAAGUUUGUUGCUUUGUCCUUUAA